AUGUCACCCUACACCUUCGAGCAUCACGAGAAAGCUGUGCAAUCUCUGUCCAAAGAAGUCGCAGCCUUUCACAAGGCUCACAUUCCUUUUCGCAUCAAUCAUGGCUCCACGCACGCCACCCGUAUGCGCCCACCCGGGACCCCGCAACUCUUUACCACGCACCUGAACCAUAUUCUCAGCAUCAAUGUUGCUGGAAAGUAUGCGAUCGUCGAGUCGAACGUCAAGCUCGGUGACAUCCUCCACGAGGCGCAAAAGGUUGGCUUCAUGCCGACGACCUUGAUGGACUUCCCCGAUGUCACUGUAGGCGGCGGCUUCAGCGGUGCAAGCGGCGAGAGCAUGUGCUGGGAGGAAGGGCUUUUCGAUGCCUGCGUCCUGGAGGUAGAGCUGAUCCUGGGCAAUGGCGACGUCGUGCGCGCGGUUAAAGGAGGGGCAAAUGCCGACCUGUUCGAUGCAGCGCGAUGUAGUCUGGGUACGCUUGGUGUGGUGACACUGGUGAAGAUGCGGUUGAGAGAAGCCGAGGACAGUGUACUGGUAACGUACGAGAAGAAGGACAGCGUGAAGGGAACCAUCGAUCGGAUGGCCGAACUCUGCGACAAGCUUAAUCCGGAUUACGAUUAUAUCGAUGGAGUGGUGUAUAACCAGACGCAUGGUGUCGUUGUAUACGCUCGUCAUAUCAACUCGAAGUCUACCGAAGCUAAGAGUUACCCCAAGCAGCGUUUCGAUCGGCCACUGGAUGAGUGGUGCUAUCGUCACACCAAAGAUGUUCCAUCAGGCCACAGCGAAAUCGUUCCGCUGCGGAGCUACCUCUUCCGUUGGGAUCGGGGGGCAUUCUGGGGAGGCGAGACUAUGCUGGCGUACUUCGGUGUCCCAAGCAAUCGCAUUACCCGUGCCCUGUUCGACAAGCUGUGCAAUGCUCGCGGCAUAUACAAAGCACAGUUAUCAACGGGUUCAGCAGACUUUGCGAUCAUACAGGAUCUUAUUCUCCCAGUCGAGACUUCGAAGGAGUGGGUCGAUUACGUGGACGAAGAACUGGGAAUUUGGCCAAUGUGGUGCACGCCGGUGAGGAAGCUGGCCGACGAUAGCGAGGUUUGGGGACAUCCGUUCUGGAAAACAAAGCCCGGAGAACAGCCCGCAGGUGUACCGCAGAAGAGAGGCAGGCUGUUCAUGGAUUGGGGUGUUUGGGGCGCAUGCGACGGCGAGCCUGAGGCUUUCAAUAAGAUUAAUCGUAGGUUGGAAGAGCGACUGAAGGAGCUGCGCGGAAUGAAGCUGAUCUACGCGGCGUCUUUCUACACAGAAGAUGAGUUCUGGGAUUUGUACGAUCGCAAGCGAUACGAGGAUGCGCGAAAGAAGUGGCACGCAGAGACAUUGCCGACUGUGUGGGACAAGAUCCGUCGUGAUCCACCCAAAAGCAAAGAGGAGACAGAGGAGGCCAAUAUGAGACCGUUGACGUUUUUCGAGCGUCUACUUUGGGUCUGGCCUAUUGGCGGUUUGUACCAGGUGUUUUGCAUCUUGUUCCGUUAG